CGGAACUGCAAUCACAACGCAGACGACGGUCGCGCUGACGAGCGUCGGUAGCGCUCCGAUGAGCAACAAUAUGGCAGCUUCCACUGUUGCUUUUUAGAACGGCGACUGCCAAUUCGCAUCAUCUAUAGCAUAUCCCAAUGGAUUCCGAGCUUUAACAGUGCACGAUGUUUAAUCGCAUGAAAAGCGCCCUUUACAAUGUGAUGGGCGGCUUGGACGCUUUGCCGCAAGUGAGGGACGGCGAACCAGCAGGUGCCGAUAAGCUUCCCCUCAAAUUCAAGUAUACGAGGCCUAACUUUCUGCAGCUGGCAUCGGAUGAUGAAAUACAGGUGUCAGCGGACCAUGUCAUUCGUCCCAUUAUUGUUCCCCGCGAUAUUACAAAGAUUCCAUGGAAUUCUGGCUACGCAGAAACUAUAAAUGCCGGAAAAAGCUUACGCAACGAAGACCAAGGUGCAGUGUACAGAGGAGCCGUACGCAGGCACGUCAGUGCAACGCCGGCGUUGGGUAACUCCGAGUCAAAAUCUCCCACGUCAAAAAGAGCAGCAUCGAAGUUGCCGACGGACGUAGCGAAAGACCAAGGCGACACCAUCUUAAACACACCUUCUGAACCUCCCGUCGGCUCUGAGACUGAUAGUUUUCCUCAGAGCAGCAGUAACGUGGAGGUCGAACAGAUACUGCCAUGGGUGUAUUUUGCGCUUUUCGAUGGCCAUGCCGGCUCGGGGGUUGCAGUAGCUGCAUCAAAUACUCUACAGAAAAUUAUACAGGAAAAGCUGAUGAACGUCAUUGAUCUGCUGAUGCCAGCACACGCGGAGAACGGCAAUGUGAAAGAUAACAACAGCAUGUUCCUUCCGUUUGGCGAGAAAAAGGUGACACCAGACAGCCUAAUCAUCGGUGCACUUGAAACGGCAUUCUGGGACAUGGACAACCAGAUAGCACGUGACAAGAAGCACUACAAGAUGACCGGAGGGUGCACCGUCCUUGUAGCACUGUUCAUCAUGGGGAAGCUGUACGUGGCUAAUGCAGGAGACAGCAGGGCCAUCAUCUGUAGAGGGAACAAAGUCAUUCCAAUGUCCUUAGAUUUCACUCCAGAGUCCGAACGUUCCCGCAUCAAGCACUUGGGAAUGCAUCGCCCCGAGCUUCUAGGCAACGAUUUCACGUACCUCGAGUUUAUUCGUCGUCCGGUGAGAGCCGACAUCGGCAAGAGGAUGCUCUGCAAGGAUGCUUACAUGACAGGGUGGGCCUACAAGACGAUCACCGUUGAUGACCUCAAGUUUCCGCUCAUCUACGGGGAGGGCAAAAGGAGCCGGGUCCUCGCAACGAUUGGUGUGACACGUGGCUUUGGUGACCACGACCUCAAGGCUCAGAGUAGCAGUGUCGACAUUAAGCCGUUCCUCUCUGCAGAACCUGAGGUACGUGUGUUUGACAUAAGUGCGGAGGAGCUCACUGAAUCUGACGUGUUGGUGAUGGGCACCGACGGACUGUGGGACGUGCUGUCCAAUGAGAAAGUCUGCGAGAUUACACAAAAAUCUCUCGAUCACUUCCCGGCCAAUGAUACUCAGCGGUACAAGUUCAGGUAUAUUUCCGCUGCUCAAGACCUCGUGAUGAAUGCCCGAGGGAAGCUCAAAGAACGAAACUGGCGGACUGCGGAAAACAAGGCGGCGACCAUCGACGACAUCAGUGUCUUUGUCAUUCCCCUGAAGAGCUACAAGGAGGAGUACGAGGAGCUCAAAGCCGCCUCGGAACCCCAUCUCGCGAUUCCGACGCACGCGGACAAGACAGCCCAAGUCGCGUGAGGAGAACUUAGGAGGUUCUUCGUGAAAGGGAAAGGGACCCUUUGGUGCUGAACUGGAAAGAUGUAAAUACUAUAUAUAUAUGUACUUCAGAGCCUUCUGGUAACCGCCAAGUGAACUGUUCAGCUAGCAUCAUCAGCCGGGAAGACGGGAAAACGUUGCGCAUUUUAUGUCGCUGCACGUGUACUGCCUGGUGUGGCUUUUUAAAUGAAAGUGUCUAUUUUUUAAAAAAGCAGAGUUUUCGGAAGUGCAUGCCAUGUAUCGACUGUGAUGUGUAUCAAGGGUGGUUGGAAAAGGGUGUCGAGCAAGCAUCGUUCGUAGGCAGGCUGUUGCCGCAGUUAAAGUAUUGGAGCAGCUUUUAUGAUUGUAACUCUCUGAUGGUGGAAAAGGUGAAACAAACCUAAUGCAUUAAAAAAAAAAAAAUUCCACAGUAGCAGCGGCCCUGCUACCAGGAGGUGUGUAACACACGUUUCUGUGGAAAAGUUAGCCCUGCUGCUUGAAGUACUUGAAAGUUACUCGAAGGAAUUGCUACUUCACUGUGGCUGCUCAUUGUGAAAGCUCAGUCUACUUUUACCAGGAUUAAAUGUUGAUCAGUCUUCUGACUGUAAUACUUGGCGACUAAUUGCAGAAGACACCGGCCACGACGGGGCGCAGUAGUGCUAGUAUUAUUCCUGCCAUCUUACCAUUUGUCAUUCCAUUUUAUAUUUAAAAGAAUAAGCAUUUAGUAAAAGCACACUCCUAGUCUUAUGUGUAUCCCGAAAGUGUGACUGUAACAUUGAAUCGCAAGACGGGACGCUUCGUUUUUGUACGCAUGCCAUUCUGUCGUGUCGAAGACACUUGCGUCAUUUUUCUUAUGGUUGUUGCUCAUGGUUAGGGGGAGUUCCUUGUACUGCUCCCACACUCCCAUAUGGCUAGAAGGAUCUUUUUAUGUGUGUUAAUGCGUUAUGGUCUGGGAGCAAUCAGUGUGCCCUAGAAAUGCUGCUUACCUUAGUUUGUCCUAAAAAAUGCAGGGUGUUUCACUUCACCACUGCUGCUUAGAGGCAUGGAAGCGUUGAAAGUCACGAAAUAAUCAAUCUUGCAGGGCACCACAAAUCAAAGACUCAUGUCAGUGUUCACGAGCACUUAGCACGUAGAGCAGGUGGUGUUCCUCUACGAGUACUUCUUUUAGUUCUGGAAAGUUUUCUGAACACCUUUUUGCCUAGAAUAUGUGGGACGAUUAUUCAGAGGCUUUGAAAUUUGCUGCGGACUCACAGGCACCAUGGUUUCGUUUGAUUUCCAAGUAAUUCGUCGGUAAAGAUAAAGAGAAAUUGCGAUCUAUAUCUUCAUUCACCUCAUGCGUUGACACUAAAGAAAUGGACGCGGGUGACAUCACUGCGAUCCCAAACCUCUUUAAGCAUUGUAGCUUGAUGGCUUCAGGCAUAAUUAGUAUUUUUUGACACCACUUUAUUUCAAUUCCUGUUUUUUUGUUUGUUUCUUUUUCUUCAUUUAAAAUGAGUCCCGGAUCCAGGUGAUCCUGAAAGCACACUAUGGGAGUCAUAAUUCUGUGAAGUAUAACAGAUUUCCAUCGCAGAGUCUUGCACUGUAAACUGCACAUGAAUGACAGCAUGACUUUUUAAAAAUAUGCUGCGUGUAUUGCACGACACAUUCUCCGCAACAUUCAGCCAAGCAUACUCAAGAUAACUAUAUGUUUUCCCAGGUCUUGGCCCGGAUUUUGAAACGCCCUUUCUACUGGUUCUGCUGUUCAAUGCUCAGAUAUAGCUACAGGGAGUGUCGGGUUUAGUUUGUGUGCUUGUUACAUUCCAGUGCUUCUCCGCUUUUUUCUACGUGAGUUCUACUUUGAUACAAAAUGCACAAACAUUCUUUUUGCCUAGCUUCCGGUGAAAACACAAGAGUUCUAGGGGAUUCCAACAGCCACAUCUUUCGUUGGCUGUGCUGCUGCAUUUUUUCCGAUUUUUAGGUGGCCUCCUUAAAACGUUCCUAUAGGCAAGAAAGUAUGCUGUCAGAUGCGCAGGACGCCAUUUUACGAACGGUAUAGCCGAUUGUCUGUAUCUUUUUUCUUUUCUCUGAUUAUUUUGAGGCACUAUUGUCAAGAUAAGUGCUGUGGUAGAGUCAUAAUAAAUGUGCCUAGCUUUGUGGAAGU